AUGAGGAGGCUGGAGGCCGCCGGGAGCGGGGAGUCGAUCAGCAUCGGGUGGCAGAUGCCGCAGUACUUCGUGCUGGCCGGCGGGGAGGUGUUCUGCUACAUCGCGCAGCUGGAGUUCUUCUACAGCGAGGCGCCGGAGUCGAUGAAGAGCAUGUGCACGUCCUUCGCGCUGCUCACCGUGGCGCUGGGCAGCUACGCGAGCUCGAUGAUCUACGCCGUGGUGGACGCGCUCACGGCCACCGGCGGCCGGCCCGGGUGGAUAUCGGACAACCUCAACGAGGGGCACCUCGACUACUUCUUCUGGACCAUGGCGGCGCUGUGCACGCUCAACUUCGUCGUGUACAGCGCCUUCGCUAGGAACUACCAGGUGAAGACGGUCGUGUCGUCAUCGUGUUCGUUCCUUAUUCGUCGGCGUACAUAAAGGGGUCAUCGGAUUUCGCACUGCAACACGCAGUGCGGUGGUACAAAAGAUUUGUUUUGUUCUUGUUGCAGAAUUCAAAAGGUUCUUUCUUUAGGUAGUGCGUUAUAAAAGAAUUUUAGAACUAGUUUGGUAUGGUGUAAUUACGGCAACACACAACAGCAACCGGGUCUGUAUAGUGUGUACUCCCUCCGUCCCUGAAUAUAAAACAUUUUGACGGUUCAAAUUGAACUGCCAGAACAUCA